AUGGCCAUGUACGAGCUCGUGUUGCAGGUUUCUUUACGGUUUCUGUACCACAGAAAGCAGUUUACGAACUGGGAUCGCGAUGUUGCUCUCUUGUUGCGUCUUGAAGGACUCCACCGACAUUUUUUCGAUGAAUGUCUUCGUAUUGUGCAACAACGCAGUGAAGCUCAAGAUGUCAACACACGAGACGCACUCACGUGUGAGUUCCGCGUAGUUAUCACGUGCGUAUCGACGCUUUUUCGUCUUGAACGGAAAAGAAGACACGAAAUGAGCUCAGCUGUGGGCGAUAUAAAGUAUUUGGCGUUUAUUUAUUUAUUUCGGAUCAAAAUUCAGGACUCGUGUGACUAUUUUCUGAGUGCCUUGGCGGACGUCUUCAAGUGGAUUCCAAAAGUGUUUUUAGACGAAUGGCUGGUGUUGUGUCUAAACGAGUUGCUGCAAAUUGUGAAUAAUCUGAGUAAUGUCGUCAAGCAAACAGCAUUACCACAAUCGAAGCAACUGCGGAAUGUUCGCAUGGGGAGCGAGCUAAUCAAAGUGUUUGCUGUGGCGUUAAGACGCACCAGUGAUCCGGACCUUCAAGUUAUGCUGGUUCGAGCUCUCGGUAUGGAUUGUCCCGCUCUCAUUUCGCUUCUUCGCUUCCUUUUAUCGCCCAGUUCACUAAACGUUAAUGGUGGACGAGAUGCUAUCUGUAUUCAAAUGAAUGCGCUCAAUUUCUUAAGUACGUUCGUGAAUCUCGAUAUCGCGUUGCCAGUCCGAGCAGAGUGGGAAUCAAAGAACAGCAAGCCUAGCGAUGAAGAUUUAAAUGAGGAUGCAGAAGUCAUCGAGCAGCUGAAAGGAGAGCUGCUAAUCAGGAUGUUGGGACCUCGUAUGAUUGAGGAAGAGCACGACGAUCCGACUCUGUGGGAGUUUAUGGUCGAACUGAUGUUCCCAAACGGUGGAGGGAGCUCUGCUGUAAAAUUGGACGGUACGUCACGAAUGUUACCAAUGGCUGUAACAUUCCGAUCGCUGUCUGUACCGCCCAAUUUACUCACGAGUAUUUCACGAAAGUAUUUCCAUUUGGAAGAAGCUUUUCUACGCUUCCAACAAGCACUAUACACCGCUCAAGAUGUGAACUCUCCUAUCGACUAUGAGCUCUGUGUUGCUAGUCAUUGGCGUCGAAUUGAACAGUAUUGUGACCGUAUUAUUGAAAAUGAAGGACAAGAAGAACGCAGUAUGGUGCAUCGAGUAGUGGAGCUGAACUUGCGAUGCUUGAUCGCUCUAGCGAGUCGGAAGGCGCAAUUUCCAGCUAUUCAAGACGCAUUCAAGCACAACCAAGUGCUUUCGUGUAAUUUCGUCUUACGCGAGCCAGCGCUACACGUUUUGGCAAUUGUUCUAGUGGUAACGUACAUCAUCGUCGAUCCAAAUCUAGCGAUCGACGAGACAGUCUGUCCACGGAUUUCUGUGUCGGAAGACUCUAGCAAACCAGACGAUUUACUUUGGAAGCUGCAGCAACAUUUAGCAGUCGUGGAUAUGGACCAGAGACACUUUGAAGCUCUGAUGGUGGAGAUGACGACACUGCAAGCUUUUGUAUCGACUGCACGGCAAGCAGCGAUUCGCUCGCUCUUGAGAUUACUGUGCCCGAAUCGCAUGGACAGUAAUUUGAAGUACGCAACAAAAGACGACAAACAACGAGAGUACGUCGCCAAAGGCGCGUUUUCGACGGUUUAUCGACAAAAAACAAUAUUUUCUAAGCCUGAAUAUGUCGCUGUGAAAGUUGUCGAGCACCAACGAAGAGCUGGAGAGAUGUGUGCAGUGAACGGAUUGUUUAAUGAAGUGUCGAUUCUCUCCCAGCUACGAGGUGAACUGUCCGCUACACAGCUUGUAGAUUAUGGGAAUUGCCACGAAGAGCAGAAUUUUGGGAUCGUCAUGGAAUUUUGUCCAUGUUCCCUGACGGAGUGGCGAGAUUCAAUCAAGAGGGCAGACUCGGUAGUUCCGUUCCGAUCCUGUGUGAUAAUGAUCCUACGGGCGUUUGAGGAAGCCUGUUGCUGCUUGAAUCGCAUUCACGAAGCUGGUGUGUGUCACUUCGAUAUCAAGGUAAAGGAUUAUUUUUCAUCUAGCAAAGGUUGGCUGUGUUUCGCUGACUUUGGAGAGGCCAAAGUCGUGGAUACCGACCGAAUACCGGUACGAACGGCCACGUUUUCCUCUUUUUCAUCGAGUGCGGCAUCUCCCGGCGCUCCAAAACGAACAGAGAAGUGCAUGUCGCUGACUCGGACACGAGGGACUGAAGCUAUCAAGAGUCCUGAGGUCUUGAAGAUUAAAGGCAGUGAAGUGGCAGUGAAAGUUACUUUGGCCAGCGAUAUCUGGUCGAUUGGGUGUUUGUUGUUUGAGUUGGUGACACAAGAACUUUUAUUCCAGAACGAUGAUUGGGCUGGUUUGUACGCGCAUCUCGUCGUGACUCAAGACCAACCUUGGUGA